UAGAACAGCACGGUGGAGUCAGCCGGCAGGACGCAGGACAGCCAGCACGACAGCACAUCGCGAGGGAGUCUAGAAGAGUACAAGCCAGCACGGCGCUGGGUGGAUUCAACUUCUGAUUGAGACUACCAGACAGCAGGAAUGGGGCAAGGUGUGGGUGGCUGACUGACAGGGAGACGGACCAAUCACAUGUCAGGAUGCUGGCUAGAAACCUCUUCAUCCUCCUGGUGGUGGUGGGGGCAGUGCUGGCCAUCGUGAGCCUCAGCCUCCAAUUCUUCCACCUAAUCCCCACUACGCCCAUGGGUGAGGAGCGGCCCCCCCAGGGUCAGGGUCAAGGCCAGGGCCAAGGGAAGAGCAGGAAGAGAGUGAUCCCUGUCCCCAACACAGAGGCUCCUGAACCAGACCCUAUCGCUGAGGCUUAUGGCUACUGCAACACCCCCGACCGCUCUGAACAGGCCUGGGAGGGUGAGACACAUGUGUUGGGUUAUCAUAUGGGUUAUAGACAGGAUCCUAGGGGGCAGAUGGAGCGUGUGUCUGUGUGUGUGCGCGUGUGUGUGUGUGUGUGUCUGUGCGUGCGCAUGUGUCUGUGUGUGUGUGGGUGCGUGUCCAUGUCUGUGUGUGAGUUGGCAGUAGCAUGCAGAGUCGACCCACUGUCUCUGUCUGUCUGCGGUUUCUCCAGCUGGAAACUAUUCUCCCUCCUUAGCCUGCCUCCUGCAUCUCUGUUCAUCUCUCUCCCCCCUUCCAGGAAACCCUCCCACCCCCAGCUGAAUUCUUUCAUUGGUCACAUGGCCCAGGGGGGGCGUGGCCGCUGGGAGGGGAGUCUCAGCUCGUUGCCCCGCCUCCCUAACCACAGCGCCUGUGAGAUGGGUGAGCUCACUCAGACAGGUGUGGUGCAGCACUUACGCAAUGGCCAGCUCCUUCGCCUAGCCUACAAGCGUCACAAACUCCUCCCGUCCAAUUGGUCGACCAAGCAGGUGUGGGUGGAGACUACGGGCAGGAGCCGCACCCUCCAGAGCGGGAUGGCUCUUCUGUAUGGGUUCCUGCCCGACUUUGACUGGAGCCGUCUGACAGUCCACCACCAGUGGAGCACGUUGUUCUGUGGCUCAGCCUGCGACUGUCCUGCUAGGAACCGUUAUCUGGAGGAGGAGCAGAGGAGACAGUACCGCCUCAGAGCGGCAGACACUGAACUGGAGAGGACCUACGCAGACAUGGCCCGUACGCUAGGUCUGCCCCCGCGCCAGCUCAGAGCUGCCAACCCUAUAGACUCUCUGCUGUGCCACCUGUGCCACGGCCUGUCCUUCCCCUGUGUGGCAGCAGGGAGUGCUCUCGGCAGUGGGGGCUGUCUGACUCUGGCCCAGUUUGCUGUGAUCCGGAGGCAGCAGUUAGAGGACGAGGUGGACAGGAGGAGGGUGGGACUGUAUCACCGCUACGCCGUGCUCGCCACGCACCCCUACCUCAACCGCACCGCCAAUCGGAUGGAGCGCGUCGCCAAGGCCAACGCUCCGGGACGAAAACCCCGCGCUGGAGGAGAGGAGGCGUUCACCCUGUCUUCGGCUCACGACGUCACUGUGGCGCCGUUACUAAGCGCCCUGGGCUUGGAGGAUGCACUCUUCCCGAGGUUUGCGGCGAGGGUUGUGUUUGAGUUGUGGAAGAGUCCGCCCGCAACGCAGGGACAACGUAAGGGGCAAGGCCAGGGCCAGGAUAAGGCUGCGUGGUUGAAAGGGGAGAGGUCAAAGGUUGGUAAUUGGGGAGACAUGUUUGUGAGGGUUCUGUACAACGGAGAGGAUGUGACUUUCCAUACCACCUUCUGUCGCUCACAUGACCGCAACGCCGCACAGCCGCUAUGCCCCCUGGGUAACUUCCUGUCGUUCGUCAAGAAAGACAUGUUCAAUGUCCUCAACGCCACGUCCUACCACAACGCCUGCUACCGACGGACAGGCUGACUGACAGAUGGAAGGAUAGAGAGAGAAAAGGAGGAGAAGAAGAGAAUGAGUCAGAGAAAGAGAGAGUUAUAAUUUAGCUGAUUUUAGAAUUUGUUAAUAGCUCUUUUCCCACUUGGGUAUGGAAGUGUCCUUUUGACAUUUUCUAAAGUCACAAACAUUCCUAGAAAGCAUAAAUGCUGAUCAUACAUAUCACUGCAAAAAUACAUAUUUUCACCAGCAAAUUCCUAUACACAAACACACGUGCUCACAGACUUUAUACAUACUCUUCAUGCCUUCUUGAUCAGAUGUCUUUGUUGAUAAAGUUUGACUUCUAAACUGACAGCCUUGUGGUGUCGACAAUCACACCAGGAUACUUAACCUGCAAUUAUACACAUUUCAACAUGGACCUUUCUACAAUUUUUUAGUUUUUGAAAUGUUUGUAAGGAAAAGAGGUGGAAGGACACUAUUCUCACAUUCCUGCAUUCCAACUGGGAAGGUUGAGAUUCCGCUUUUCUCACAUUCCUGCAUUCCAACUGGGAAGGUUGAGAUUCCGCUUUUCCCAAAUUCCUGCAUUCCAACUGGGAAGGUUGAGAUUCCGCUUUUCCCAAAUUCCUGCAUUCCAACUGGGAAGGUUGAGAUUCCGCUUUUCCCAAAUUCCUGCAUUGAAAGGGGAACGUUGAAACUGGAAACACUAAUGCUGGAUUAGUUCAUAUAAAAUGUAAAAACUGCCAUUUAUAAUUUGUCUUGAUAUUGUCUGACAUUUUGAUUAUAAUGGUGCUGGAGACCAAUAGAAUUAGGGUCAGUUUUGCUGUACAAUUAAUUUAUUUUAGUUUACUCAACUACGUACUUUAAGCUGAAGUAGAUUUCAAUGUUAAGAUUUACGCUCUAUGUUUACUCAGUAAUGAAAAUAUUCUGCACCUUAGUGAAGGCUAGUUGUUAUGGUACUUAGAUUCACAGCUGCUGUAAGAUGGCAAUAACAGUUAAUAGAUAUGUCAUCAGUAAUUGUAAUUUCUGUGGACAUUUUUUUUAAUGAUGCUCAUCAGUUUGAAUAAUUAUAAUUUUUACUAUAAAGCACAUUACACAGUGGGCCACGAAGUAAUAAAACUUGUUUCC